CGAAGAAAAUAUCUAUAACUUUGAAAGGGACAUGAUUCUAACGGAUCAUAUUUGAUGGCUUAAAGAAAACUAAUGAACCAUCGCUACCGAAUCUGGUACAAAGACUAAAGUAUAAUUGUUUUAUUCACGAUCGCCUGUAACAGAUGAAAAGAUGUCCGAUCAAAAUAUCAUUGGACUCUGUUUGCUCGUCUGUUUAGCAGUAGUUUUUAAUUUUUCUCUGCAUCGGAUUGAAGAAGGUCAUGUUGGUGUGUAUUUCCGGGGAGGUGCGCUUCUACCUCAUAUCAGCAAUCCAGGAUUUCACAUGAUGAUUCCUCUCUUAACGUCUUAUCGGUCGGUUCAAGUGACUUUGCAGACUGAUGAGGUGAAAAACGUCCCAUGUGGAACUAGUGGCGGUGUAAUGAUUUAUUUUGACCGCAUAGAAGUUGUCAACAUUCUGGACGCAAAUAGCGUUUACAACAUGGUCAGAAACUUCACUGCAGAUUAUGACAGAACUCUGAUCUUCAACAAGGUUCAUCACGAAUUGAAUCAAUUCUGUUCAAUGCAUAGCCUCCAUGAAGUCUACAUAGACUUGUUUGACCAAAUUGACGAAAACCUCAAAUUUGCGUUGCAAACUGAUCUCAAUGAACUAGCUCCGGGUCUCAGUAUUCAAGCUGUGAGAGUUACAAAGCCUAAGAUACCAGAGACUAUUAGAAAAAAUUACGAGCUGAUGGAAGCAGAGAAGACAAAGUUACUGAUCUCGACGCAGCAUCAAAAAGUGGUUGAAAAAGAUGCAGAAACAGAUCGUAAGAAAGCAAUCAUUGAAGCUGAAAAAGAAGCUCAGGUGGCAAAAAUUCAGUAUGAUCAAAAAAUCAUGGAAAAAGAAUCUCUUCAGCGGAUGGCUUCUAUCGAAGACGAGAUGCAUUUAGCACGACAAAAGAGCCGAUCAGAUGCAAAUUUUUAUCAAAUGAAAAAACAGGCUGAGGCAAACAAGUUACUUCUGUCAAAAGAGUUCUUGGAACUGAAAAAGUACGAAUCCCUUGCUCAGAAUACAAAAGUCUACUAUGGUGCUGACAUUCCAAAAAUGUUCACAUUUGCUGGCUGUUCAAGUGACCCUAAUUUAGAAUUUGAUGUCAAAUCUGCCGAAAAAGUAACUAGCAGCAGCGAAACAAGCUCCUACGGCGAUUUGCUUCGAAAAGAAUAGUUCCGUCUUGUGUACAAUCAAUAUAAAACCACCGAAAUUUAGUGUCAAGUACACAAUCAGUGACAGUUGGUUGAUUGCAAGGGUGCUUGUUUGUAAGUCGUCUGAGUUUCUUCAUUCAAUUCUGUGUAGGUUAAACUAAUUUAAUAAUGUACAAGGAAUGAUUGAGAUAAGUAUGCUAAUAAACAUGUAUUUUCCAAGCA